AUGACACAACUUAAAACGUUACGAAUACCGGAUAUCACGAAAAUAAUGAUGAAUUCAAUUUCAAGAAUAUUAUCCCUUUUAAAUAUAAAUUUAUUUUCACAUUCAAUUCUUACUUAUUUAAUAUGUUAUCUAGUGAUUUGCAAUAUAAAUUCAUUUGGAGUAAAUUGCCAACAAAUAAAUUCUGAUGGAACUAUUUCUAUACCUUUUAUGCAAUGGAUUGAUUUGAGAAGUAAAUUGUCUGGUACUCCUCCUCCUGGAUUGAAAGAUUUCGCUUUUGGAUAUUCUAAAGAAAGAAAUUUAGCAAUAAUUUUCGGUGGAACAACACCAAGUGGAGGUAAAUCCGGAAUAACAUAUUUAAUUGAUUUCACUGAAAAUGCAUGGAAGAGACCUGUCGAUUAUGGAUUACCAACAUCCAAUCAACUAAGUCCGGAAGCAAGGUCAAAUAUGAUGUUUGGAGUUGAUAAAUCUUCAUCUUAUCGGAACGCGUUUAUUAUUGCUUGUGGUGUAGGAUCUGGAAAUAUGCUUUAUAAUGAUGUUUGGGCAUUUGAUUUUAAUUAUAAACAAUGGACUAAAGUUGAAAAUGUUACCGGAGAAAUUCCGCCUAUGUAUGGUAGUUUUGGUGGAAUUGAUGGUACAUUAGCAACGUCAUCUCAAACUGAAGAAAAAAAUACACUAUGGGCAAGUCAUGGAACAAAUGGAACCCAUUUUUUUACUGAUCUUUAUGCUCUAGUUUUAACUGGAACUUUAAUACCAAAUUUGAUGAGCCUUUCUGCCACCUGGUAUAAAGUUCCUGUUGAAGGAGAAAUUCCUUCGGGGCGUAAUUCUGUUGCAGGUACAAUAUUACCAAAUAAAAGACUGGUAAUGUAUGGUGGAUGUGACAAUCUCGAAGAAAAGUGUGCAACAUCUGAUACUUAUACUUUGAGUUUGGGAAGUAAUUAUCUCAAUGGACAAAUUCCAACUAGUGCAACACCUUUAUGGAGCAAAAAGAAUUAUUGUUUGGGUUCAAGAUCAGGAGCUGCUAUUUCCAUGAACAGUAAUCCUGCUAUAACUUAUCCAAAUCAAGCGAUUGUUUAUGGUGGAAGUUCACCCGAAGGAAAAUCUGUUGGACCUAAUGGUGAAAUCGGUGUUUUAGAUGCGGAUUUGGGGAAUUGGGUUCGUGUUCUUCCGCAAAAAGAUCCUGAUUCCGGAUUUCCACCUCAAAGAGCGGGAGCUCAAUUGAUUCCAAUUCCAUCACCGAUUGGUGCAAUCGGAAUUGCGGCUACAGAUAUUUUAUUAUUCGGAGGAGAAGGUUUAGAUGGAAACAAAUCCAAUUUAAAUGAUAUUUGGUUAUUGAGAUUAUACACAAAUUCUACUUCAGGAGAUACAGCGAAAUCGACAACCAAUCCUCAAAUCACAUCGAUGGAAUUUCUUUCAUGUAUUCAAGACGCUAAAAAACCUAAUUCCGGAGGGGAACCCGGUACUGGAACUGAUAAUAAUAAAUCAGGUGAUUCGUAUGAUUUCUCAAAGGCGAAAACUCCAAAAGGUCAUGUGAACUUUUCAACAUUAAGUUAUGCAUUUUUACCAUUAGCGGCAUCGGUUAUAAGGUUUGGAUAUGGAUCUCAUCAGAAAUUUACAAUAGCAAUGCUAUACACAAUAUUUAUAGCAGCUUCUUAUACAGCAGCAUUUUAUGGUUUUGCAAUAGCAUUUCAAGACAUUCCAAAAACAACCGGUCAUUUUGUUACAUCGCAUGGAAAAGGAAAAUUAGCAAGAUGUCUUAAUUGGCGAAAUUCCGAAUCAAAUUCAAAGUCGGUUAAAUCAUUUGAAGUUUCUAGACCAGGAAAUCGAUUGGUAUCGGGAGAAGUAACAUCAACGGUUAAACCUUCUAAUAAUUGGAUGGAAGCAAGAAAAGGUGUUACAAUGGCUGAAAGUCAUCCAACAAUGUCUUCACAAGGGUCAAGAAACGAUAGUUUACAAAAUGGUACAACCUCAACAAUAACAUCACUAAGUUCUGGUAUGUCGAAUUCAAGUAAAAGAGGAUUAGACGUGCGACCAACCCCAUCAAAUAUAAUAACUUCAAAUCAAUUACAUCCAACAUCAUCAUCAUCAUUUGCAAUAAAAACAAAACAUGCUCAUCAUAUACUCGCACAAUUGUUUUUAGUUUUGACGGCGAUAUAUAUUGGAAUGUCAUUAUAUAAAACGAGAGUCGUAGACUCAUUAUAUUUUUAUGCAUUUAUUGGAUUUAUAGCAAUCAUUUAUUUAAUUUGGAUUACUGCAGCUUGGUAUGGAUAUCCAAAAGGUAGAAACAGUUUACUUGUAUUAGUAAUGCAGAAGAUUGCUUGCGGGAAAGGUGAAAGUAACGAAAUGGAAAAAUAUGAUUUUGAAGAUGGUUAUGAUCAUAAUGGUGGUGGUGCUGCUACAAUUCUGACAACACAAUCUCCUUCUGAUAGGAUGAGAAAUGUUAGAAGUGAAGAAGAUGAUGAUAUGGAUGAAGCAGCUGAACAAGCUCAAUUAGAACAAGAUAUGUAUAAUAGAGAAGUUGUUGUAAUGACUAUACCUAAAAGACGAUUAACUGUUGUAAAUGCAUAG